AUGGAUAGAACAUCUCCUAUGCCAAGCAGUGAUGGUUGGGUCCCACCGCCGGACUCACGCGCUUAUGUUCUACGUCCAGUCUAUAUCACCGCGAUGACAAUUUCCAGUGUACUUGUCUGUGCACGGUUGGCAGUGAGAGGAUUUAUGGUCAAAGCUCUGGGACUGGACGAUCUCAUUGCCGCUAUUACACUUCCAGAACCUGACAAAGCCACAGGCGUUGCAAAUGGGCAAGGGACGUACAUGUCGGAAGUUCCACCCGAUAGGCUGGCGACGUUCUUUUCGUUAAUUGCCACCAUAACACUAUUAUUUAUCAUUGUGCUGUGCCUCGUGCGGCUUUCGAAUCUUGCGUUUUUCCUUCGCAUGAGUAAAGACAAGUUACUAACAUCCGGGAAAGAAUGGUUCCUGCGCGGAGUCUAUGCUGUCGCAUUCUUAGUGCUUUCUAUGACUCUGAUCCUAGUUGUGUACAUCCUGACGGAGUGUAAAAACGUCAAAGACCUUUGGAACCUCACGAACCCAGAUAGGCAAUGCUCGUCCCCGGCGAACGAGCACACAGUUAUGCUAUUCCACACGGGAAUGGGCAUCUUUGUUGACGUGUGCAUGCUAGUACUGCCUAUUUCUGUUGUUUACCGGAAGAUGAAGUUCUCACCUAAGACAGUCCGUGUCAUUCUUAUAUUCUGUGUCGGUCUAGUCUCUGUUAUCGCAGGGAUUGUCAGGCUUACCUUCAUUCUGGGUAAUUAUGUGGAUGUUACUUGGAGUUUUGGCGUGGGGUCUCUUUGGGGUGUUAUUGAGGCGCACCUUGGGCUUUGGACAGCGUGCUUCCCUGCUCUACAGCCGCUCUUCCGCCUUUGUGGAGAGAAGGCCUCUAGCACUUGGGGCUCCGGGAGCAGAAAAUCGAGCAAGGGCUCUCAGAAAGGUCUCGUCAGUUCUCAAGGAGUAUAG